CGAGGAGAAAACAGAAAAGAAAGAGAAGAGGAGAGAAAACCCAAAUCCCAAAGCCUGCGGGGGUUGGUUUUCCCGAGAUUCGCGUUUUGCACCCAUUUGGCCAAUUUGGGCUUUCUCUCUCUCUCUUCAUUUCUUCGCAUCUAUUAAAACCUAAUCAUCUCUAUUUUCUUCUUCUUUCGAUUCGCCUGGCUUUUGUUUAGUCCGUCGUCAGCUCAGUCAUGGUGGCGGAUAACAAGAAACCCGACAUUUCCUUCGCCGGAACUUUUGCCAGCAGCGCCUUCUCCGCUUGCUUUGCUGAGAUUUGUACUAUUCCUUUGGACACUGCUAAAGUUAGGCUUCAGCUCCAAAAGAAAGGUGUUGCGGUUGCGGGUGAUGUAGUGGCCUUACCUAAAUACAGGGGUAUGCUGGGCACGGUUGCUACUGUAGCCAGGGAAGAAGGUCUAUCAGCUCUUUGGAAAGGAAUUGUACCCGGGUUGCAUCGUCAGUGCCUGUAUGGUGGUUUGAGAAUUGGGUUGUAUGAUCCUAUUAAGACCUUAUAUGUGGGCAAUGACUUCGUUGGAGAUGUUCCUUUAACAAAGAAAAUUCUUGCUGCCUUGACAACAGGUGCUCUAGCAAUCACAGUGGCAAAUCCAACUGAUCUUGUAAAAGUUAGACUUCAAGCUGAGGGAAAAUUACCACCAGGUGCACCAAGGCGCUAUUCUGGCGCACUGAAUGCAUAUUCCACCAUUUUGAGACAGGAGGGAGUUGGGGCUCUCUGGACUGGAAUUGGACCUAACAUUGCACGUAAUGCUAUCAUUAAUGCUGCUGAACUAGCUAGUUAUGAUCAAGUGAAGCAGACACUUUUGAAAAUUCCCGGGUUUAAGGACAAUAUUGUCACUCAUCUAUUUGCCGGUCUGGGGGCAGGUUUCUUUGCCGUCUGUAUUGGCUCACCAGUUGAUGUGGUUAAGUCAAGAAUGAUGGGAGAUUCUGCUGCUUACAAAAGCACAAUUGAUUGCUUUGUUAAAACUUUAAAGAAUGAUGGACCUUUGGCCUUUUAUAAGGGCUUCAUCCCAAAUUUUGGAAGGCUAGGAUCUUGGAAUGUGAUCAUGUUUCUAACCUUCGAGCAGGCUAAGAAGUUCGUGAAAAGUAUAGAGUCAAAAUGAGAAGUGAAGCCAAGAGAAUGGAUUUAGUUUGCAGGGGUAGCAUCUAGGGCAAACACUAGUUGUUUUAGAGAAUAAUAAGGCCCUCGACAAACUUCUUUCUCCCAUAUUUUAGGUAGCUAGGAGAAGAAUCCUCCGAAGGAAAACUGCUUAUUGGAAACUCAAAAGUUAAGAAAUAAUUAGCAGUCUUUUUCUGGAUUACAUA